AUGGCUGGGUUGAGUAAAAUAGCUCCCGUUUAUCGUCACGGUUUCAUAUUAGCAUCUAGUAUGGCUAUUAGUUAUUGGUGGACAUUAAGAUGGCUAAAAGCUCGGUCAAAAAAACUUUUAGCAAAAGAUGUCAAUUCAGCUAUAGGAGCAAGACUUUUGAAAAAAGAAAAAGUUGCGGUUGAUAGAAAAUUUCUACGGAAUAUUUUGGUAUUAUUGAAGAUACUUGUACCAAAAUUGCUAUCGGGCGAGACAUUCUAUUUAGUUCUUAUUGCGUGCGCUUUAAUCGCAAGAACAUAUGCAGACGUAUGGAUGAUUCAAAACAGUACUGCUGUCGAAAGUGCUAUUAUUGGCCGUAGCUCAAAAUUGUUCAAAGCCAAUUUAUCUAAAUUUGUUUAUGCAAUGCCGAUGAUUUCAUUAGUGAACAAUGCAUUGAAGUAUGGAUUAGACGAAUUAAAACUGCGAUUUCGUUGUCGGUUAACAAAAUAUUUGUAUGAUCAAUAUUUAAAAGGUUUUACAUAUUAUCAAUUAAAUAAUUUGGAUAGUCGAAUAGCUAAUGUCGAUCAAUUAUUAACACAAGAUGUUGAAAAAUUUUCAACAUGUAUUGCUGAUUUAUAUACAAAUGUCAGCAAGCCAUUUUUAGAUAUAAUCAUUUUCUCAAAAAAGCUCACUACUUCAAUUGGUCCUACUGGUCCAUCAUUACGACGACCUGUCGGUUCAAUGACCGUUACCGAACAACAGUUUGAAGGUGAAUUUCGUUAUGUCAAUUCCAGAUUAAUAACAAAUUGCGAAGAAAUUGCAUUUUAUAAAGGAAACAGACGUGAACAAAUGAAUAUUCGUGAUAGUUUCGAUCGUUUGAUUAAACAUUUACGUAGUUUUAUUAUAUUUCGCGUAUCAAUGGGCUUCAUUGAUAAUAUUGUUGCUAAAUAUGUGUCAACAUGUGUUGGCUACUAUGUUGUUUCAAGACCAUUUUUAAAUCUUGCAGAUAACAAAUAUGCGAAUGCCUCUCAAAGUGACAUACUAGAAGAUUACUAUACGUCGGGUCGAAUGUUAGUGAAAAUGGCUGAAGCUGUUGGCAGACUGGUUUUAGCUGGAAGAGAAAUGACCAAAUUAGCAGGAUAUACAACGCGUGUCAUCGAAUUGAUGACCGUUUUACGUGAUAUUAAUCAAGGAAAAUAUGUUAGAACAAUGAUUAGUAAUGCUACCAUAAAUAAUAAUAAUAAUAAUAAUCAAAAUAGUAUUCAACCAAAACCGGACAUGGGCAAAAUACAAUUACAAGAUCGAAUUAUUAAAUUUGAAAAUGUUCCGUUAAUUACUCCAAAUGGUGAUAUUUUAAUUGAAAGUCUCAAUUUUACAGUCAGAUCUGGUCAAAAUGUUAUUGUUUGUGGACCGAAUGGUUGCGGAAAAUCGAGUUUAUUUCGAACAGUUGGAGAAUUAUGGCCAGUUUACGGUGGUGUUCUUACAAAGCCCAGUGCGGGACAAUUAUUUUAUAUUCCACAAAAGCCAUACAUGACAAUUGGAACGUUACGUGAUCAAAUAAUCUAUCCAGAUUCCAGAGACGAUAUGCGACGUCGAGGUCUAACAGAUAAAGAUUUAUUAAAAUUGUUAGAAGAAGUUCAAUUAACUUACAUACUACAGCGUGAAGGUGGAUUUGAUGCAACACAAGAUUGGAUGGAUGUAUUGAGCGGCGGAGAAAAGCAAAGAAUUGCUAUGGCUCGAGUAUUUUAUUCAAAGCCACAAUUUGCAAUUCUCGAUGAAUGUACAAGUGCUGUAUCGGUAGAUGUUGAAGCAAAUAUGUAUGAAUAUUGUAAAACGGUGGGUAUCACACUAUUUACUGUAUCUCACAGAAAGUCAUUAUGGAAACAUCAUGAAUAUUGUUUGUAUAUGGAUGGGCGGGGUAAAUAUGAAUUUAAACGUAUUGAUGAAAAUACUCUCGAAUUUGGAUCAUGA